CGUCAAUCGUCUCGCUCCUCACACAUCAACGCGUACUCACUUCACUCACCAACUUCAACUCUCUCCAUAAUGGCUAACCCCGGGAAUGUCGCCCGCGGCUUGAAGGCUGCCAUCAGCAACCCCAACGUCUCUGUGGACGCAAAGGAGCGCGCUGCCGAGCGCCUUGAUUCGAUGCAGGACAGCGGCGAACUCGAGUCUCGCGAGGCACAUGAGGCCAACGUCGCCAUCGGCCACAAGGCCGCUCUUUCCAACCCGAACGUCUCUGACGAGGCGAAGGAGCACUCUUCCCAGGUUCUUGAGGACCUAACUUCUUGAGUUGCUGUCGCCUUCGGGUUGGCUCGUCGCCUCGGUUUGAUCUGUCGCAGAGGAUAUCAGAAGCUGUAUCAUAGAUGUACAUUAACUUAGCGUGCCUCACCGCGUAACGUGUGAUGCGCCGAUGUAUUUGUAGUUAUACAGGUUGCAGGCCUGUGAGACGUCAGAUUCACAGGGUUUGCAGUAGUCUGUCAGAAGAGAUGUCUCCAAGAGGUUCGGGAGUUGAUCCGCAGCAAAGUCGAGCCGUUAUAAUCCGUUUGGUCUGCUUCUCGCGGAUCCUGCACUCGGAGCUAACUCGAAUG